AUGGCCAGUCGUCAAUCCAGGUUAGAGGCAGAAAAAUUAGCCAUAAUUCAACAAUCCAUGACCCGAGGCAGAUCAACAUCACCUAGAGGAGGGUCUCAUUCUCGAUCAUCAUCACUUAACCGCGAAGAUUUUAAUAAGGAAUUGAAGUGGUCUAUUGUUAAUCAUGACCCCCUGGAGAGAAUUGUCAAGUCCGAUAAGCAACAAACUGAUAAUGAUUUCUGGGAAAACGAAGUUAGUGAAGAAGAACAUAUAAGCGACGACGACACAAACGAGAAAUUCCAAUACGAUGACACGGGGAAUAUCUUGCCUAACUAUGCUUGUCAAGAUGAGAAAAUCAACGAAAUCAGUCAAAUUUUAGAGAAUUCAAAUUUGAAUGACCGUGCCACAAUUAAGAGAUUGGAGGAAUUAACGGCCAGCGAAAGAGCGUUUGCUGCUGCUCGGAAAGCAGGAAGCAAGAUUGAUCAAGAAAUAUUGAAUAAAUUGGCUAGCGACAAGCAAAGAUUAACUGGAACAAACUUGAAUUUGGAAGAAAGUGACCAAGAUGCAUUAGCUAGAAGACAGAAGUUGGAAAAUUAUCAAGCAUAUAGAAAGAAAAUUAUCGAUCAAGAAAAUGGUCUUCGAAAUGGAUCUGUUUCUCCAACAAGGCCAGAGGAAGGCGAAGGUGCAGGUGAAGAUUUUAUGGCUCCGUAUACAUCAGCUGUUGAAGACAAGUUGGAUAGCGAAUUUGCAUCACAAUUGAACGAAACUAUUAAAGAAGGGCCCGUUGAUUCAAACAAAUCCCAUUCAAGGGUGAUUCAGACUAUAACAAGAGGUAAUUUCUUCCAGUUAAUCAACCCAAAAGUCAAACCAAAAAUGUUUUUAUUGUGCAUGGACUUUUCCCCUGAAUCCAUUUUUGCCUUAGAGUGGAGUUUGGGGACAGUUUUAGUUGACGGCUCAGUUUUGUUCAUAGUUUGUGUUAUUGAAGAUGGUGACACCAAUCAUCAUUUGAAAGGAAACACAUCAAAUGAAACUUCUCGUGAACAAACAAGAUUGAACAUGUUGAACAAAGCCAAACAACAGGUAUUGAAUUUGUUGAAAUUAACAAAGUUGCAAAUACAUAUUGUGAUUGAAAUUAUUCAUCACCCAAUCCCAAGACAUUUGAUUUUAGAAUUUAUUGAUAAUUUACAACCUACUUUGGUUAUUGUUGGGUCUAAAGGCCAAAGUGCCAUCAAAGGGGUGUUAUUGGGUUCAUUAUCAAAUUAUUUGGUGACAAAACUGACAGUUCCUGUUAUGGUGGUUCGUGAGAAGUUGAAGAAGAUCAACCGUUUCAAAUCUGGAUCAUCAGUGUUUUCAAAUAACGUUAAACCAUUAACAUUGUCAGAAGCUAGAGUUGAUUAG